AUAGACUAUAUAUAACCCACAUAGCCACUUCUCUUUCGCUUUCCUCUCUCUCUUCCGACAAACCUCUGUCUAUUUCCUCACUAUCUCAAACUUAUGCCGUCGGAAUCGAACCAAACCCGACCCGCCAGAGUUCAGGGCUCUACGGCGGCUUACCCACCGCCGAAUAUGGCCGAGCCGCUGCCUUGUCCUCGCUGCAACUCCAUCAUCACCAAGUUCUGUUACUACAACAACUACAACCUCUUACAGCCUCGUUACUUCUGCAAAUCCUGCCGCCGUUACUGGACUCAAGGUGGCACACUCCGAGACGUUCCCGUCGGCGGUGGAACAAGACGGAGCUCUUCCAAACGCAACCGCUCUUUCUCCUCCAACGCCACUACUGCCUCCUCCUCCUCCUCCUCUUCAUGCUCUGCUUCCGUCAUCACGAUGAGUCAAGGAACGGUCACAAACGAAGCAAAGGGUAGUAAUCUGAAUUCAGGUCACGGAAGUUUUGCGUCUCUGUUAAGCGAGCAGAGCGAUGGAGCAGCGUUUCUGGCGUUGGGAAGUGGAACUGGUGGGUUGGAUUAUGAGUUCGGGUACGGGUACGGUUUGGAGGAUAUGAGUAUUGGGUGUUGUUUAAACUGAGACUGUCAAUAAACUAGU